UCAGUGUCUAGUUUUUUUUCCUCUCUUGCUCUGCAGUUCCUUGCGAGCAGCUGUCCCGCGCGCGUGCGCACUGGCGACCUGGAAAUUUGCUACUCGUGACAGAAUUUGGGUUCCUUGCUGUGUUCACAAUAAGUUCAGCAAUGGAGAAAAGCAUUGUGAGUGACUGUGGCUCUGCUGCUGAUAACCAGGACUUUGAUGUUUUCAGUGCAAUGGACUGGAAGGAUGGAAUAGCAACUCUUCCAGGGAGCAAUUUAAAGUUCAGGGUAAAUGAGUUUGAUGCUUUAGAGAUCAUCACAGAUGAAACAGAAGUAGAAAAGAUAAAGAAGGCGACUGCAACAACAACAUGGAAUGUGCCCACAGCGCAAGAAGCCCUGUCUAGAAAUCCCAUCCCAACAUACCCAGAGGAGCCACCCAGUAUGGAUGGAAUCCUUUGCUGUGAAAAUUGCGGUCAUUAUGGGACAACUGAGGAGUUUGGUCACAGGAGUAAAUUUUGCAGUGAAACAUGUAUGCAACAGGCAAGAGAAAAGAUAUCUGUUCUGAGAAAGGAACCAUCAACAUGCAACAAUGAAGAAGUUGCUAGAGGCAAUCGGAAAAAGAGACAAAAACCAGUCUCUGCUACAAGAGGAGACAUUAAAGAAAAUGGAGAGAUGCUAAAGGAAGAAGAAGAUGACAUUGAAGAAAAACAAGGGGAGCUGAAGGUGCUGAAAAUAACUCAGAACAACCAUGUCCGAGCACGGAGAAAAAGAAAAGGCGAUUCUGGAUUACUGAAGCAAACUUUAACCUUUGGUGGAAAGAGAAAAGCUUGGUGUUGGGCCUCAUAUUUGGAAGAGGAAAAAGCUGUUGUGGCACCGACUAAACUUUUUAAAGAGUGCCAGUCAUUUCCACAGAGCAAAAAUGGAUUUAAAGUUGGAAUGAAGCUGGAAGGGAUUGACCCCGAACAUCCGUCCAUGUAUUGCGUUCUUAGUGUGGCUGAGGUUUGUGGCUACAGAAUAAGGCUCCACUUUGACAAAUACUCUGAUUGCUAUGACUUCUGGGUAAAUGCUGACUCGUCGGAUAUCCACCCAGUGGGAUGGUGUGAGAAAACUGGACAUAAGCUUCACCCUCCCAAAGGAUAUAAAGAUGAUGAGUUUAACUGGCCAUCAUACCUGAAGCUGUGCAAGGCUCAAGCUGUGCCCAAAUCCCUGUUUGAAAACCAAAAUACAACUAUUACUCCAUUAGGCUUCCGAGUUGGUAUGAAACUAGAAGCUGUCGAUAGAAAGAAUCCAGAAUUUAUUUGUGUGGCAACGGUAUCCGACAUGGUAGAUAAUCGUUUCUUGGUGCAUUUUGACAACUGGGAUGAAAGCUAUGAUUAUUGUUACAGUGCAUUAGGUUGUCCAUACUCUGAGAUCAACCUGAACAGAGAGAAUGUGCUUCAGGAUCGUUUGAGUGGAGAGGUACCAGUCUGUACUGCGGUACUGAAGAACAAGAAAGUGGAAAUAGAUGGAAUAGAAACAACCCCUAGUUUGUCUAGCAUCACAUCACAUGGGAAAUUCUCGAAAGACCAUUGGUUUUCAGAAACUGCUGUUCAAGGAGAGAGGAAUGCUGAGGACUCUGUCUCUGAUGAAGAACCUCCAUACAAAAAAUCUUUUGUAUAUGCCAGCAAAGGAAGAAAGUACCCCAGAGCUGGAAGGCCAUUGAAGCAUCCAAGAAUCAAGCAGGAAGAGGAAGUUACAAAUAAGGUUAACUGGCAAAAUGAAAACAAAGAAAAUGAUGAUUUCAACCUGCAGCAGGCAUUGCAUCAGUCCGUGUUUUUGUCUUCAGCAUCACCAGUGCCCAGCCUGCCUCUUUGCUGGGAACAGCACAGCAAGCUAUUACCUGGAGUUGCUGGAAUCACAGCCAGAAAAGUAGCAAAAUGGACUAUUGAUGAGGUAUCUGAAUUUAUACUGAGUUUGCCAGGUUGUGAAGAACAAGCCAAAGCAUUUAGGCACGAGCAAAUUGAUGGAGAAGCACUUCUACUACUGACGCAGACAGACAUUGUGAAGAUAAUGAGCAUUAAACUGGGACCAGCUCUGAAAAUCUACAAUUCCAUCCUCAUGUUUAAAACUACAGAGGAAAACGGGCAGAAUGAGCUUUGAAAAGACUCAAAGUAAAACACUGCAGCUGUUGCUGGCCUGUUUCUCAAUUCAAUCUCCUCUUUAAUUCAAAGCACAAGAACUCUAUUACUGAAAAUGAAAUUCUAAAACAAUACUACUGGAAUAUUUACUGUUGACUUGGCAAACUCACUUAGAGUGCAUUCACUUUCAGCAGUGUGGUACUAAACUAAGAGCUCAUCUCCCACUCAUUGCCUCAGGACUUAAUUAUGCAAAUAUCUGUCCAGUUAUAGCUGGUAUGGACUCUUUGUGAUUGAUCCUUGAACAGUAUAUUUCAAAAUGGCUGAAGGGUUUCUUCCAAGAACUGGACACAAUCUAACAGACACUAAAGUGGAUUAAUUGUGUUUAUUGUUUUAUUCCUCCAUUUGCUUGCAGUGGAAUGAUCUUUGUUGUUUGUGUAUAGAAUUGUUUGACAGAUUUCAAUAUCUGGUAACGUAACAUUUCAUUAUUCACAAGUAAUGGAAUGUUCAUAUGGAUAUAUAUAUUUUCAGAAGUUAACAUUGCUGAAAUUAAUUUAACUGUUAGGUUGUAUACAUCUUAGAAAUUUAAUAUCCAAACUAUUCAGGCAGUUCUUAAUAGUUAAUUAAGACAAACACAAUUGCUCAUUCCCAGAUUUAAUUAAAAUGUUCUCUGGUUUAUUAAAUAUUGUGUUAUUGCUUGAUACAAUAAUCAUUUGCUGAAUGGGUUUAUAUAAAUUAAAAAAUGAAUGAACUGCA